UGACAUUUCCCGUAUCGAAAAUGAAACUAAUAUGAAUCAUUUAACAUAAUUAAAAAUAAUUAAUAAUAAAUAGUGUUUGUCGUUUUUCAAUAAAUUUAAAAAAAAAAUGUCUCGUCAAUUAGCUCCAACAGAGCGAAAGCUCGCAGAAAAGUUAAUAAUAUUAAAUGAUCGUGGUGUUGGAAUGUUAACAAGAAUAUAUAACAUCAAAAAAGCUUGCGGUGAUGCAAAAUCUAAACCAGGAUUUCUAUCUGAUAAAACGUUAGAAUCGUCAAUUAAGAAUAUUGUACGUAAAUUUCCAAAUAUUGAGACAAAAGGUCUUCAAGCGAUCCACCCAAUUCGGAAUGAUAUCAUCAAAUCAUUAUCACUGUAUUAUUAUACUUUCGUCGAUUUAUUGGAUUUUAAAGAUAACGUUUGUGAAUUAUUAACAAGUAUGGAUGCUUGGCAAGUACAUUUAGAUUUAACGUUAAAUUUUGAUUUAACAAAAGCGUAUUUAGAUUUAGUUGUGACCUAUGUAUCGUUAAUGGUAUUACUAUCACGUGUUGAAGAUCGUAAAGCAGUGCUAGGAUUAUUUAAUGCAGCCCAUGAAAUGGUACACGGACAAAGUGAUCAAAGUUUUCCACGACUGGGUCAUAUGAUUGUUGAUUAUGAUUCUCCGCCCAAAAAAUUAUCCGAUGAAUUCGUUCCGCAUGCAAGAUUGUUAAUUAGCGCGCUAAUGUCAUUGUUCACUGUUUAUCCUGCACGUAAUUUAUCGGCUGAUAGUUGGAGAUCAGAACAAAAAUUAAGUUUAGUUGCAAAUCCAGGACAAUUAUUAAAAGCUGCUCAAACCGAUACCAUGUCUUGUGAAUAUUUAUCACUGGAUGUGAUGGAACGUUGGGUUGUUUUUGGAUUUAUGUUGUGUCAUCAAGCAUUACAACAGGAACAAGCAUGUAAAAUGUGGAUUGGUGCUUUAGAAUCGUCAUGGGUUGUGCCUCUAUUUCGUGAUGAAGUUGUUUAUAUUCAUUCAUACAUUCAAAGUUUUUUCGAUGGAAUUAAGGGCUAUGGAAAACGGGUUUCAGAAGUGAAAGAUUGUUAUAACCAAGCAGUCCAAAAAGCUGGAUAUCGACAUCGUGAAAGACGAAAAUUUUUACGUACAGCUUUAAAAGAAUUAGGUCUUAUAAUGACUGAUCAACCAGGAUUACUUGGCCCUAAAGCACUAUUAGUGUUUAUGGGCUUAUGUUGGGCUCGGGAUGAAGUAUUAUGGUUAUUACGUCAUGGAGAUAAUCCACCACAACAAAAGAGUAAAAGCAAGAAUACCGAAGAUUUAGUUGAUCGUCAACUUCCAGAAUUAUUAUUCCAUAUGGAAGAAUUACGUGUUUUAGUUCGAAAAUACAGUCAAGUUAUUCAACGAUAUUACGUACAAUAUUUAUCGGGAUUCGAUGCAAUUGCAUUAAAUCAAACAAUGCAAAAUUUACAAGUUUGUCCAGAAGAUGAAAGUAUUAUUUUAUCAUCGUUAUGCAGUACAAUUGCAAAUUUAUCUGUGAAACAAGUUGAAGAUAAUGAAAUAUUUGAUUUUCGUGCAUUUCGUUUAGAUUGGUUCCGCUUACAAGCGUACAUGUCGAUGGGUAAAGCUCCAAUGCCAAUUGCAGAUCAUCGUGAAUUAGCAUCAUUUAUCGAUACCGUUUCGUUUCAUACAAAAAUGGUGGAUAAUUUGGAUGAAAUGUUAGUUGAAACAUCCGAUUUAUCAAUAUUCUGUUUUUAUUCGAAAAUUUUUGAAGAUCAAUUUCACAUGUGUUUAGAAUUUCCAGCACAAAAUCGUUAUAUAAUCGCGUUUCCAUUAAUUUGUAGUCAUUUUCAAAGUUGUACGCACGAUUUAUGUCCAGAAGAACGUCAUCAUAUUCGUGAACGGAGUUUAUCCGUUGUAAACAUGUUCUUAGAUGAAAUGGCUAAAGAGGCAAAAAAUAUAAUUACAACAAUUUGUGACGAACAAUGUAAGAUGAGUGAUAAAUUAUUGCCGAAACAUUGUGCAAUUGUUAUAUCAGCGGUUGUGAAUCGUAAAAAGAAGGAUAAAAAUAAGAAAAAUAUUUUGGAAAUCGAAAAACCUGGUAUGGAAAGUUAUCGAAAAACACGAGAGAAUCUUACAACCAUGGAUAAACUACAUAUGGCUUUAACUGAGUUGUGUUUUGCUAUUAAUUAUUGUCCAACCGUUAAUGUUUGGGAGUACACGUUUGCACCACGAGAAUAUUUACAUCAGCAUCUAGAAAGUCGAUUUUCACGAGCAUUAGUUGGAAUGGUCAUGUUUAAUCCUGAUACAAGUGAAAUUGCUAAACCGUCUGAGUUACUUGUGAGCGUUCGAGCUUACAUGAAUGUUUUACAAACUGUUGAAAAUUAUAUUCAUAUUGAUAUUACUCGAGUUUUUAACAAUGCGCUUUUACAACAAACUCAACAAGUUGAUAGCCAUGGAGAUAAAACCGUUGCCGCUCUGUAUACACAAUGGUAUUCGGAAGUAUUACUACGCCGCGUUAGUAGUGGAAAUAUUUGUUUUUCAAUGAAUCAAAGAGCUUUUGUAAGUUUAACUGCAGAAGGUACAAUACCUUUCAAUGCUGAGGAGUUUUCCGAUAUCAAUGAAUUACGUGCAUUAGCGGAAUUAAUUGGGCCAUAUGGAAUGAAACUGUUAAAUGAAACCUUAAUGUGGCAUAUUGCGAGUCAAGUACAAGAGUUAAAAAAACUUGUUGCUGGUAAUAAAGAUGUUUUGGUGUCGCUACGUACUAAUUUUGAUAAGCCCGAAAUCAUGAAAGAACAAUUUAAACGAUUACAAAGCGUUGAUAACGUUUUACAACGCAUGACAAUUGUUGGUGUCAUCCUCAGUUUCCGACAAUUAGCACAAAGUGCACUUGUCGAUGUUCUCGAACAACGUAUUCCAUUCUUAUUAAGUUCCAUAUUAGAUUUUCGUCAUCAUUUACCUAGUGGGGAUCCAAUGCAAAUUGUUAGCGAAAUGGCAUCAGCUGCUGGUUUAACAUGUAAAGUCGAUCCAACUUUAGCGGCUGCUUUACGUAAUCAAAAAUCUGAUUCUGAUGAGGAAGAACAUCUUUUAGUAUGUUUAUUAAUGGUUUUCGUAGCUGUGUCAAUACCGAAAUUGGCUCGAAAUGAAAAUUCAUUUUAUCGAGCAUCGUUAGAGGGACAUUCGAAUAACAUUCAUUGUAUGGCGUUAGCGAUUAAUAAUAUUUUUGGAGCAUUAUUUACAAUUUGUGGUCAAGGUGAUAUUGAAGAUCGAAUGAAAGAAUUUUUAGCAUUGGCAUCGUCAAGUUUGUUACGAUUAGGACAAGAACCGGAUAAAGAAGCAAUACGUAAUCGUGAAUCGGUUUAUUUGUUAUUGGAUCAAAUUGUGCAGGAAUCGGAAUUUUUAACAAUGGAUUUAUUAGAAUCUUGUUUUCCGUAUGCGUUAAUUCGUAAUGCGUAUCAUGCGGUAUUUAAACAAGAACAGAGUAUGAUUUAAAAAAUUAUUUUUUUUGAGUUAGAAAAACGUAUGUUAAUUUAAGGUCGUUCAAAUAUUUUUUAAUGUGAGAUAAAUAAUAACAAGAUAUUUAAUGUUUCAUUAUAUUUAAAUUUCGAUUUAAUUCGAAAAUAAAAUUUGUUCGUACAAAAAGUAUUUAUUUAUGCACGUUUGAUACGUGUCUACAAGUCCGUUGUCUCAAACGUAGUGUGUGGCAAAGCGAAUCGGUGAAAAAAAUUACGCUUACGAAACGAAACUCGUCGCCUUGUUUAAUAAUUUGCUUUUCUAUGAAGUCUCACAAAAUUACGCGUAUUGUUGUUCUAACAAUGUAGAUUGUAUAUAUCUUAACUUUUUCGGAUGGAACGUUUCUUUUUGUCACACAAUGUGUAAGUAAGCGUGGACUUUACUUAUUUUACGAUUGAAAUUGUAUGCUGCUAGGAACUAAUAUUACGAAUGUCCAGGAGUUUCUAUAAAGCGGGAAUUUUUAAACCUGAGAAUGCUAGGCAAGUGUCAAUCGUCCUUCUCAUUAUUUCAAAUUGACUGAAUUCGUAUUGACGUUUAAAACUUCUAAUUAAACAAAGAGGAAGAUACUUUAAGUAGCUUCCUUGUUGAGUAUCGCCGUAGAUAUUACAUAUAAAACUUUGUUUUGCAAGAAAGAGACGGGCAACAAUCUUUGAAUGCUUAUAUCUUCUUCGUUGUUUAAUCAAUUUUAAUUUAAGGUUCGAAUUUUGUUAUGGUGUCAAGUCUACUUUUAUAUUUUUAUGGGUAAUGUGGCAAAUUCGAUAUUAGUAAUACCCAAUUAUUUGUGGAUAACUUUCAAAUAUGAAUACAGAAAAUUUAGUCAAAUACUUCAUUUCAACAACAAAAAUAUUGUGCUAGAAAGUCGGAUUCAAUGUGCAUUCAAUCUAAAGAUAUGUUCACAGUAGCGUGAGUGAUGCGUAUUUCGAUACGUGACAAUUCUUGAUUCGACUCGUGUAUUGUGGAAAAAAAAAACUUUAUGGUUGUAAAAUUAUAGAAUAUUUUCAAAUUCUCAUGGUGCUUAUUAAUUUAAGCAUCUAAAAUUAUUACAUCCGGUUUUAUUAGCUUUAAAGUUUAAAAAAACAU